AUGGGAAACCAGCUUGACCUCGACCUAGAAGACGUCAAGCAGUAUGUCCCGCCCGAUUAUCCGGCUUCGACGCAACAGCAACCAGAAUGUCUCAUCGGCUGGAGUGAUGCUAGUACUGGACCCUUGCUGCUGCGCAUUCAGGAUCAUUAUUCGGUCUCCUACACCGUCGUCUCGGUCAUCUUCAUCUGCAACUUUAGCGGAUUUUUGCUGGCCGCCUUGACCAACGUGUGGUUCUCGGAUCGAUUCGGUAUGGGCAAGACCACGCUGCUCGGUGCUGUGGUUCACCUGGCUGGAGGCGCGCUCAUGGCCGGGGCACCUCCGUUCCCGCUCUUUGUUAUCGCGUUCUGCAUCAACGGCUUCGGUCUCGGCUUGCAAGACGCCCAAAUCAAUGGGUUCAUCACACGACUCCCAAACGCCGGGUCGAGAAUGUCAAUCGCCCACGCGAUCUACGGCUUGGGCGCGCUGGUGUCGCCUCUGAUCGCCACCCAGUUCGCUCGUUCAACCUUCAAGCACUGGAACUUGCACUACGUGUGUUCGGUUGCGAUCAUGGCCGCCAACUCGGCUACUCUUGGAUACGUCUUCAGGCUCAAGCGGGACGACGAUCUCUUUGCCAUCUACAACUAUGUCCCGCAGGCUCAAGCUCAUAUCCAUGGUCCAGUCGUCGUGACCGACAGCACGACAGAGCAUCCCUCAAGUCAACCCGAUCCGCCUCAGACGGAAGGUGGCAAUAAAGUGUCCCCAUCGCAUGGUACUGGGGAAAAGAUGAUGGCCAUCGCCAAGACGCCCUUCGUCCACCUGGGCGGCCUUUUGGCGUUCAUCUACGUCGGAAUCGAGUUUACGAUCGGAAGCUGGGCCGUCACCUACAUCGUGGAGGUACGAGGUGGAGGUGACGAUAGCGGAUACGUCAGCUCUGGAUUUUUCGGCGGUUUGAUGGUCGGGCGCGUUCUGCACGUCUUUGUCAGCUGGGUGAUCAGCGAGCAGAACGCGGUACUCGUUUACAUGGUGGUCGCUCUCGGACUUCAGGUCCUCGUCUGGCAAGUCGACAGUAUCCUCGGCAACGCCCUGGCAUACUCGAUGAUAGGCAUAGUCCUCGGACCGAUCUUCCCCGUCUUGCUGAACGGCACGGCCGCCAUGCUCGAUUCGGAAAUGUCUGUCGGGGCCAUUGGCUACAUCGCUGCCUUGGGACAAUGCGGUUCUGCCUUGUUCCCUUUCGUCACGGGAACGCUCUCCGGGAGAUUCGGGGUUGAAGCACUUCAGCCCUUGUCGGUCGCGUUGAUCGGCGUCAUGUCGUGUCUCUGGGCGGCGCUGCUCUGGCUCACUCGCAAGAGGUGGGCGAGAGCGCAUAGGUUCUGA